CAUUUCUCUUGUUUCGUAAAAUAUCAAGCCGUAGACUCCCCGUCCUCUUUUAAUCGUCUUUUCUGCCUUUUUUACAUUUAUCAACACACUUCUUUCUCUUUCCGUAUUCUCCUUUAUAUCUAUUACUACAAUACUCGACUUUGUUCGUACGAACGGUUCGCUCUACACACAAGAUACCUCGCAAACCAAUACGGCAAAUCAAAUUAAACCCUUCCCCCCCUCAUCAGCCCAAAUCCAACGCUACACCCCAGGCACUAUUGCUCUCUGGCCUCCCUUUUAAAUUCGCUCCGAGCCACAGAGGCUCCGUCAUCCACCCGCGUUCCAACCAGAGACAAAGCUUCCCCUCCACAUCUUUCUCCCGCCAGCGUCGCGGUUCACUAUGAGCCAGGUUAAGAACCUGCGUGCUAUGUUUGAGAACGGCACAGAACCACCCACAAACCCUUCCGAUAUCAGAGGACGCUCUCCUGGAGCUUCAUCCACAACAUCAGACGGCCCCAGACCACUCUCCAAAGUUCGAACUAGCUUCGUCGCGGUCGAGAAAGACGGCCGAAUCGGACUACAACGAGAUACAAGCGGCGAACCCAGCACAUCGCGACCCAGAAUGAGCGACGAAUCGAUCCUCGAGACCACCGAGGUCGCCCCGGCUGUCCCCGAACAGGCACCCGUCACGGAGCUACAUACGGAGCAAACAGCUAGCUCCGAUACUGCUGUCGAAACCUCGACUCCUGCCCCCGAGCCUCGCAAGGUCUCCGCAGCCUCUACCAAAGCUCCCGCGCGAUCCUUUGCGGCUCCUACACGCGCAACCUCAGCGGCAAAGGCUGCUCCCAAAGCUUCUGAGCAGCCCAAGAAGCCUGCUGCCAAAGCACCAGUUCGCUCCGCUGCGGUCACAUCCAGACUUACAAAGCCCACGACAGCUUCAGCCGCGAAGCAGCCCUCCGUUUCCACCAGCAGCACAGAUACCACUACCUCGAAACCAAAGCUUACCAGACCGGCCAACAUCUCUUCGUCAUUGCUUGCACCCACAGCCUCUUCCGUCUCCAAGGGCGCCUCGGCAAGACCAUCUCUCGGAGCUAGCACUUCAAGCCAACCACCUGCGACAAGAGCGCCUACCAAGCGUCCUUCUCUGGCACCAAGCACAAGGGGCGCGAGACCUAGUCUCGGUCGCCCUCCUAGCAGGACACAAGCACAGGCGUCUACAACCACUAAGCGGCCUAGCAAUGUAGAUGAGGGCUUCCUUGCUCGCAUGACGCGACCUACCCAGGCAUCUCGCACCUCCAACGUCAACUCGGCAGAGAAGCCUGCUGCUGCUACGCAUAAGAGAGCCCCAUCUCGACCAUCUGCUGUCUUCUCCGCUGCUCGCAGAGAGAGCAACGUUGCGCGAUCAGUCCCAUCCAAGAGCCCUGCUGAGGGGCGCGCACAGGGCACCAGAUCUCGCGCCACUCCUACUCCUUCAACGGCCAAGCCUUCCAGCAAAGCUUCCGUUGCAAAGACUGUUGGUGCGGGUGCUGCUGUUACAGCCGCCGUUGCAGGUGCCGCAGUAGCGGCAAAGUCUCUAUCGGCUGAUGAAGUCAAGAAACCCAAGUCUGCAGAGGGACCUGUUGCUGACGAACCCACCGUUAAGGAGUCUGCUGUUGAGGAACUUGCUGCUGAAGAGCCUACCGCUGAGGAGCCUACUGUUGAAGUGCCCGCUGCCGAAGAACCUGCAAUCGAAGAACCCGCAGUCGAGGAGCCUGUUUCAGAAGAGCCUACCGUCGAAGAACCAGCUAUUGAGGAACCCGCAGAGGAGCCUGUCGUUGAGGAACCUGUAAUUGAGGAACCCGCUGCUGAGGAGCCCGCUGAGGAGCUUGUCGAAGAGUCCAUCGAAGAAACUGUUGAAGAGCCUAUUGAAGAGCCUAUUGAAGAGCCUAUUGAAGAGCCCACCGCAGAGCCUGUUGACGAACACAUCGAAGAGCCUGUCGAGGAGCCUAUCGAAGAACCUGCUGAAGAGCCCGCAACUGAACAUUUGACUGAGAAGCUGGACAACUUGGACAUUGAAGAACCCCAGCAGCCUGAGGCCACAGAGCCUGAACCCGAAGUUGAGGACGUUCCUGUCCCCGAGCAGGCCGAGGAAAUCAAGGAUACUGCUGGAGAGGAGCCUGAGCCAGUUGCUAUUGAGGAAGAGGCUGAAGUUGGAGAGAUCUCUGAGAUUGACUUUGGACUUGACGAGGUUGCUGAGGCAGAUCCCAUGGGUGAUGUUGAAGAGGCUGCGCUUGAAGAUGUGGCCCCAGAGACAGCCCAAGUCGAGACAGCCGAAGAAGUUAUCGAGCUCGCCGAGGAAGCUGAGCCUGUUGCUGAAAAGACUGGUGAGGAUGACAUCCUUGACUUUGAGGACGAGAUUGACUUUGAACCCGUUGAUCUUGACAAGAAGUACAAGGAGCAGGGCAAGGACGUUGUUCACAGCGACGAGGUCUCUUUCUAAUAUCUUGACUUUUUUCUGGCGCAAUCUACGGCUCGUUUCUGUUUUAUUCCCACUAUCGCUUCCUGUCAUUUCGGUGUCAGUGUUUGUUUUCUGAACCCCUACUCUUUGUUUAAUUUUAAUUCUUGUUGAAGCUGGGGCAAGUACAGAAAAGGAUGCUUCGAAAGCGACUAUAUUCUACAGCGUGCGCAAGAAUGUAGCUUAAGAUACCUCAAUUUCUACCCAAGCGUUGAACUCUUAUUCUUGUGUAAUGAUUUCAAUUUUAUUGUAACCUGGGGAUUUAUAUUGUAAUGUACAGUACACGCCGAAUUUUCGCCUUCAGCUAGCAUUCUCUCCCCCAAUCGUUUGAUGUUUUUCUAACCGACCAUAACUAUGCAAAGCCGACUUCUUGCUUUUACAUUGCCAAAUUGUAUUCGUACACCGCCACCACCUACUAUCCAUAUCGCGCUAUAUGCAUUGCUUAUGAGGCCUUGCAGAUAAUAAGUCCUCCAACUUGCUUCUCUAGCGCCUCUCGCACUUCCAAAACACCUCUGUCUGUGCCAAGGAACAUGCACUCGCCCAUUGUCAAGCCUGGCAUGACACCACCGCUAACUUUGCUAGGGAAUCCACGAACAAGUCUUUCCAACUCGGGGACUGUAGCUGUGACGAGACGCUUCGAUCGGCUGACCAUCUGUGUGCGGUUCAGGACGGGCUUGCCCUCCCAGUACUUGAGGCCGAGCCAGAGGCGGCGCGUGGCAACGUUGGCUGUCGUGACGGGCUCGGGGGUCUCGGUGAGCAUCUGCUCCAUUGUCGGGGGGAUAGGGCCGCCACGGUAGACGGAGGAGAAGAAGCCGGCGCGGUGCAUGGCGAGCGCUAGGAGGAGGUUGUAUUUUGUGUUCUUGAUGGAGGUGAUGCCGAGGCGGGCGCGGGAUGCAUUGUUCAGAUGUGAGCACAUGUGCACCACGUUCAGAAUCGACGGCAUGCUGGGCUAUAUAUGUUGCGGCUUGGGAGCCGAUUAAAAUUAUUAUGCUUGGUUUGCUGGCGUCGACAAGUCGAACCGUUGUCGAGAUAGCUUGCCAAUCUGUCGCAAGCGCUCGUAGCAGUUUGGACUUUUUGUUGUACGGGGCUCGGAAUCACCAAUGGAUGAUUAGGAGUAUCGUAGACCCUCAA